AUCGAUAGCUCAGUAUUCAUCAAGAUAUCUCGAAAUAACAUAAUCGAAGGAAUAUAAAAUGGCGACUCAAUAAAGAGUUCAUAUAUUCGUGUAGUUGUUUUGUGCAGUGCAUAUCUAUAGUUUUUCUUAACAACAAUUUAUAAAACAUUAUCAUGGGUACAUCAGAUUUAGAGUGUAUAGAGUCUAAAAGAGACAUGGUGACUAUAGAUUCUGAAUCGGAUAUGUUGGUUGACCAAAGAAAGAAAAAGAAAAGAAAGCAUAAACAUCACAAACAUAAGAAAGAUAAAUUAAUUGAAAGGGAAGAUGGGAGGAUAGAACGUCAGGAACGAAAAAAACACAAGAAACAUAAAAGACCUAAAAAAGAAAGAGAAGUUGAAAAUGGAUCAUUAGAUGACAAAACACCACGUAUAAUUCAAAAAGAUUUAGGUGUAAAUGGAAAAGUGAAAAAUUCUUUACUAGAAGUGGUUUCUACCGAAGAAAGUGAAGAUGAGAAAUUGGUAGAUUUAGAUUCAGACGAAGUAGAUUGUACAAUCAUCGAAGAUGAUAUUGAUCUGGAAGAAUUAAUGAAACAAAAGGAGCGUUUGCAAGCAUGUUUAGUACAGUACCUUUCGGAUGAAUCUGAGAAGGAGGAUAAGGAACCAGAUCAAGACGAAGUAAAAGCUACUGAAACACCUGAUGUUAUACUUGUAGAGGAUGAUAGUGAAAAUGACAAUAUACCCCCUAAAAAGCGGGCUAGGAGUAAGUCUGGUAGUAGAGAACGCAAAAAAGUCACAAAACCUGAGAGGCGUGUAGUAGUAGAUAUGAGCAGGGAUCGUAGAAAUCGAGAGGAGCAUAAAGAUAAACGAAGGGAAAUAGAAAGGAGACGGGAGGAAAAAGUUCGUACUAAAGAGGAAACUAAGAGAGAUGAUAAUAGAAAAGAUGACAGGCAAGUGCGAAAACCAAGCGAUAGACAUAGGGAGGAUUCGCGAAAAGAAGAUAACAAAAGACGAAUAGAAGAUGAUAAGCGUAAAGAUUCUGUCAAAAGAGAUGAGUCCCGUAAAAGAGAACAAGAUAGAAGAGAAGAGGAGCGAAAACGAGAAGCCGAUCACCAUAAUUCUAGAUCUCGUAAUGAAUACAAAUCAUUAGAUAAGACCGAUAAAUCUAGACGCGACAGUCGCGAUAGAUUAGCAAGUCGAGAACGACAAAGUAGUCGCGAUCGGCAUGUAAGCCGCGAUAGACAUGUUAGUAAGGACCGCAACGUUAGUCGAGAUCGACAUGCCAGUAGAGAUCGACAUAUCAGUCGAGACAGACACGCUAGUCGUGAUCGUCAUACCAGUAAAGAUCGUCCGCCUAGCCGCGAUCAACGUAGUCGAGACAGACCUGCCAGCAGAGACCGACAUAGUCGUGAUAAAAGAGACAGUAGAGAACGCCAUACUAGUCGUGAUCGGCCCAGAGAUGGUAGAAGUAGUCGUGAUCGUAACGACAUGCGAGAUCGACGAGAUAGUCGGAACCGCGAUAGAAUUAGAGAGCGAUCAAGAAGUACAAGAAGAUCUCGUAGUCCUAUUAGGAGUAGAUUAGAUAGAGAUCGGAAUGAUCGUUAUAAACGCUCUAGAUCGCUCUCUCGAAGUAGACGAGACAGAGACAAACAUGCUAGAGAUCAUGAUAGGGAAAGAGAAAAAAAUGGUAAAAGGGAACGUAGUGAUAAAUUCAAAGACUCUUUGUCAGAAGGACUGAAAGUAGAACAUUCAGAAACUUCAAGUGGAGAAGAUAUCAAAGACAUAGAUAUCGAAGAAGAGGAAGAUGAAGAAGCUAUUAUUGAACGUAGAAGAAAACAAAGAGAGGAACUUUUAAAGAGGUUAGGAGGACCAAAUGAAGAUUCAAAUAUGUCUGCUGAAAUUAAUACUGUUCCCGCAACUCCACCUUCUGAAAGUCAAUCAAAUGUGUCACAGAAGUCAAUAGAAGUUUCGUCUAAUAAUAACGAAUCCACUUCCGAGAGUCAUACCCCACCAUUGCCCGAGAAACCAAAAUCGCCACAAGUUAAAAAGAGAAAAUCUAGAUUCGAAGACGCUCCAUCUGAAGAGACAGAUAAAAAUGAAGAUACAAAACCGACAGAAAAAAUUAAACAAGAAGAAAAACAAAACGCAAAAAAGUCAAACGAAUGGGACAUGUUCGCCGAAGCAGACAACAUUGGUGAUUUUAAUAGCCCCACAGUCGAAGGAAAACGACAAGGCGGACCAGAUAAUCCAAGUUUAACAGACAAUUGGGAUGAUGCAGAAGGAUAUUAUCGAGUACGUGUGGGCGAGACAUUAGAUUCCCGAUAUGUUGUUUAUGGAUAUACCGGUCAGGGUGUAUUUAGUAAUGUCGUGAGGGCUAGAGAUACUGCUAGAGGCAAUUUAGAUGUUGCUGUAAAAAUAAUAAGGAAUAAUGAAAUAAUGCACAAAACUGGCCUUAAAGAAUUAGAAAUACUUAGAAAACUGAAUGAUGCAGAUCCAGAAGAUAGAUUUCAUUGUCUACGACUUUUCAGGCAUUUCUUUCAUAAAAAUCAUUUGUGUAUGGUUUUUGAACCAUUGGCUAUGAAUUUAAGAGAGGUUUUAAAAAAAUAUGGAAAAGACGUUGGUUUACAUGUUAAAGCGGUAAGAUCGUAUACGCAACAACUUUUCCUUGCUCUCAAGUUAUUAAAACGUGCAAAUAUUCUGCAUGCUGACAUCAAACCUGAUAACAUUCUAGUCAGUGAAAGCAAGUUAGUAUUGAAACUCUGCGAUUUUGGCUCAGCGUCUCAUGCUCAUGAGAAUGAGAUAACACCGUAUUUGGUAUCAAGGUUUUAUCGGGCACCUGAAAUUAUUCUUGGUAUACCGUAUGAUUUCGGCAUUGACAUGUGGUCUGUGGGAUGCACCAUAUACGAAUUGUACACGGGAAAAAUAAUGUUCUCGGGCAAAACGAACAACCAAAUGUUGAAAUUCUUCAUGGACUUAAAAGGCAAAAUGCCUAAUAAGCUGAUUAGGAAAGGCUCAUUCAAGGAUCUACAUUUUGACUCUAACUGCAAUUUCCUGUAUCAUGAAGUUGAUAAGGUCACGGAGCGGGAGAAAGUUGUAGUGAUGUCUACGUUGCCAGCCACUCGUGAUCUAAAUGCAGAAUUAGGAGGAAAUUCUUUACCACCGGAACAAAGUCGAAAAGUUGGACAACUGAAAGAUCUUUUGGAACGAACGUUGAUGUUGGAUGCAGGAAAGAGAAUUACUGUGAACCACGCCCUGGCGCAUCCAUUUAUACAAGAAAAGAUAUAGGUAACCCUGUCUGGGGUCCUUCCGCAUCGGAGAAUUCAUUGACGUAAUUUUACAAAAGAAUGUUUAAAACGACACCGCUAACGAUUCGUUGUAUAUCAUAAAAGCAUUACUAACAUAAUGCGGUGUCUCCUUAUAUCGAAUGUCCUGUAUCCGUUACAGCAGAAAGAGGCGGUGCAAAAAUUUCACAUUUCACUCGCCAUUUCAAUACAACAGGAGAACAUUUGAAGACGUAAAUACGUCAUAACGAAAGGAAGGAAAAAUUAUUUGCAUAACGUAUUGUACUCUAUCAAUCUGAACUCUAUUAUUUAAUUAACAAUAACUAUUGCAGGUCAAUAGAGUGCAAUAUUUUUAUAUUAAUUAUUAACUACUACAGACGAUGAAUAAUAAUGUUGGAAUUCACCCAUUGAUGCAUUUAUCAACGAUUAUAAAAACGACAUAUUUGUACUUGGCUCGAAACAAUCAAUUAUAAAGUAUGUAAAUCCAACACGGUGAAUACUAGAGGAAGCAGCUCGAUGAAUGUACGUCGUCGAACGAUAUUUUUCCGUGGAUGAAAAUCAAAACUGGGAAAGUGACCGCCUCUUUCAGCGUGAAUUGGCCAUCGAUACUUAGCAUAAUGGUGGUACAUAGUAUUUUUCUUUUUCUCAAUCUUUUGAAUUUCAACACGUGACUUUCUUUACAAACGAUAACUCGUAAAUAAAUAAUUAUAUCAUAAAUGGAUAACAAUGCGUUACAUUCGCGACGAAGAAUCCCAAGUUUGUGAAAUUGUAAAACUCUUACGAAUUUGAUCAUAUAAUUUACGAACACAAAAUCUUUUUUUGUUCUUCUGUGCCGUCGCGUAUAUACGCACGAAUGGCAUCGAAGUCUAAUAACAAGGAAACUUGUACUGACAAGAAGGAUACAAAUUGUAUAGUACGUAGGUUAUUGAAAUAAAACAACACAUACUUAUCAGAAUGAGAAACAAGCCCUGUAUUUUAUAUUUUCAGUCUUAAUCGCGCGCUAUUCUCAUGCAAAAUUAUAGAAGCACUUGUACGCAACGUAUUUCCAUAAAUAAUUAUGUAUAAAAAGGAAAAAAGUACCGAUUGUAAUCUCUUUUUUAUCUAAUAAUGAAAUGUUAGGUAGAGAAUGUGUAACUUUAGAAAGUGUUGGAGAAAUGAGUUAUUAUGUUAACACUUAUCACCAUCGAUUGUUAGCAUUACAAGUAUCGUUUUCACAUUAAAAGAUGCAUUUAUUUAGGCAUUGAUGUAAAGAAAUAUAAAAAAAAAUAAUGAUGUACAUAUAUAUUUGCACUAAGAAAUAGAAAUUUCGAAUUGCAUUACAUAGAACGAAACUUAUUUAAUGCUUUAUAUUAACAUGUAGUCACAUAGAAAUAUAUAAAAACUUAUAUUUCGUUUCAACAGAUUCAUCAUAGUAGCUUGCGAUUUUGUAUCGUUAGCUUCGUUAAAUUUUCUUUUCCUCCUUUAUUUAAUAUUGCGUUCUUUAUUUAUAAGAUACGACAGAACGUCAAUGCUGUUUGAAUGGUUCAUGGUAUUUGCGGUUUUUACAUGACCAUAUUGUACGAGAUUGCUUAUGUUUCAGAUAUGAGUCUUCGAUUCAAAGCAUCGAUAAGUGCGAGUGGACCUUUCAUGGGCUUUUAACGCCGUUCCCGUUGCAAGCCCUCCCUGUGAGGAGGGGAGGCAAUGGAAGAGAUGAUGAGAUCAGUUGGUGGAAAACAUGAUGAAGGAAACGGGUGAGAUUCUCUGGACAGCAGCUUGACAACUGUAUAAAAAUGAUGCCUAUCGCAAAAAAGGGAUCACCAAAUAUUUAAUAUAAAUUUAUGUCAACAGAAAGGUUUGUCAUAAAAUUUCACUGAAAUUAGCAAAACCGUAAGUAUUUGAACAGGUAAGAUAUAUAUGAAUAAAAAAAUGAAAAUUAUAGAUGAAUUUUUUUUUAGUAAUGUGAAUCUAUCUAAUAUAACUUUUUAGAUAUUUAUUAUUGUGUAAGUAUAGGUAAUAUUAAAAGGAGCAUGAUACUAAUAUUUAUGGCUUUCAAUUUUCAGAUUACUGAAAAAAGAUCCUCAAAAAUAAUUUUAAUACAACAAAGAGCAACUUAUAAAACAUAUAACAUGCGUAUAAUUAUAAGAAUAAAUUACACAUAACAUGAUUGUAUAAUGGCACAGUUAAAUUUAUUACACAUUAUAUUUCGAUAAAAAUCAUAAUUACUUUCACAUUCAUAUACCUCUGAUUUCAAUAUACAGUAUUGUUACAUACCAUUCAUUGAAUGUCUAUCUUUUACACAGAUUGCAAAUUUUGUCUCAAACAUUCAUGUAAAUGUCUUAAUAAAUAGUUACACUUUCGUAAAUGUU